AGCGUCAGCUUGUCGUAGACGGGCCUCAUUGUGACGGACGGCGGGCGCGGCGAGGAGUGCGCGCGGACAAAUACAAGAUCAACCCAGUUCGGCGAUCGCGCAGCCGCUUCUUGCACGCGUCCAGCCAUGAAGCUGACGCCCGAACUCCUCGCUCAGGCCUCAUCCCACCUCAAUCCAUGCAAAGAGCGUCAGCUCGACCUUCGAGGGUGCAAAAUCCCUGCCAUCGAAAACCUCGGUGUCACGAAGGACCAGCACGACGCGAUAGAUUUUACAGAUAACCAGAUCCUCUCCCUGUCCAACUUCCCCCUCUUGAAGCGACUUUGCUCGCUGUAUCUCGCGAAUAAUGUCAUCAGCAGCAUAUCCCCCUCCCUUCACCUCUCUACCCCCAACCUCACCACUCUCGUCCUUACAAACAACGCCAUCCAGAACUUGGGCGAUCUUGAGCCGCUGGCACAAUGCUCAAAACUGGUGUAUCUGUCUUUGAUGGGGAAUCCGGUUGCGGAGAAGAAGUAUUAUCGCGAGUGGUUGAUCUGGAGAAACAAAAACCUGCGGGUGUUGGACUACCAACGCGUACGCGACAAAGAGCGUGAAGCUGCCAAGAAGUUGUUCUUGACUCCUCAGGGUACACCAACCAGCCUCGCCGAAUCCUUGCAAGCAGCCGUAUCCGCACACGGGAAGCCUAUCCCCACAGCGGAGGAGCCAAGAGCAGGACCGGCGGCAGGCUCGAAGUUCCAGGCAGGACGCCUGAUGAGCAAGGAGGAGCAGGAGCGGGUGAAGAAGGCGAUCGCGGAGGCGAAGAGCGUCGAGGAGAUUCGGCGAUUGGAGAGGAGUCUGCGCGAAGGCUACCUCCCCGAGAUGGAGAGCGUCGGCGCAUGAUGACCCCCUCCGCUCUCUUCAUCUCUUUUCGCGACGUCAGAGAAAGGGGCCGUUCCGGAUGUCGAUGUUGUAUGCGAAUUGGACAACUCGACGCAUGUAUCAUUCAUACUCUCAUAUUCUGCUGUAUCAUCUUACUUACUUUCACGAAAGCGAAUAUCUAUAUUCGCGAAAAAGCUCCCCUGGAGAUUGAACGAUAUACAUGUGAACCGACAACGAUCGACUCGAAAG